AUGGGGGACGAGUAUCAUGAAUCCUCACUCACCGCGGCUGAAGGCGGAGCGGCAAAGGAGAGCUUCGCGCUCACGGUGAAGAACAAUUUCGAGAGCCUCCAUCAGCGAGGCUUCGCUCCCAACGACGCUGCAGCGCUGGCUCUGAAGAUCGCCAUGGGGAAAGGUUGCAUCACCGCUGCCACUGCUACCACCGCGGCGACCGCUGCAACGGCUGGGUGUGAGAGGGACGAUGCCACUACCACCAAUGCUGCCAGCACUGCUGCCACAAGUGCCAGCAAUGCUAUGGACGUCGAUACCCAACCUGCACUGCCGUCAACUGCCGCUGCUCCGUCUUCUGAAAUCCCGGCCACUGAAGCCCCCGCGGGCGCAGCAGCGGACACAGGUGAAGCAGGGGCGGUGGGGUCAGGUGCAGGUGCAGCGUCAGCAGCAGCAGCAGCAGCAGCAGCAGCAGGAGCAGGAGCAGGAGCAGCAGCAGCAGCAGCAGCAGCAGCAGCAGCAGCAGCAGCAGCAGCAGCAGCAGGAGCAGCAGCAGCAGCAGGAGCAGGAGCAGCAGGAGCAGGGGCGUCGGGGAGUGCGAAGAGGAAGGUGGACUCGCUGGCAGCUGCAGCAGCAGAGGAGGGUGCAGGGCGAGACGCGGAUGAGCCGUCGCCAGCUGUCAUGCGCUCGCUACUCUUCCUGCUCGACAGCCCCUUUUUCAUGGAGCCAGAGCACCAUCCGCUGUACCGCCGCCUGUGCAAGCUGCUGCUGGACCUCCCCCCGCUGCCCCGCCAGCAGCUCAUCUGCACCCUCGCCAGCUAUGAGCGCGCACACCUACAGCAGGUGGUGGAGACGGCGCAGCAUGUGAUCACCAUUCAGCUGUACGAGACGCACCGCCUCGUUGACACUGUCAAGCUCGCCACUCGCGUGCUCGGGAUAUUCUUCGCGGCGAACGAGAGGGGCCAUCAGCUGCCGCACUCGGCAUUCUACAACGAUGCCCUCAACAGCGAUGAGUUUGUGGACCUGGAGCAGGACUACACCAAGUGGAAGCACCGCGACCGGUACUUGGACCCUUUCACCCUGUGCGAGCAUCCCUAUAUUCUCGAGGCGGCCAGCAAGGCGUUGGUGCUGCAGGUGGAGUCGCGAGUGGAGAUGUCCCACCGCUUCCAUGACGCACUGCUGGGCAUGGCGCUCAGGGGGCUGUCAGGCGCGCAUGUGGGCAACCCCUUUUGCGUGCUCAUCGUUCGCCGUGACCACAUUGUGGAAGAUGCUAUUCUGCAGGUGCAACAACAUGCAGGGGACUUGAAAAAACCGCUCAAGGUGAAGUUUGUGGGAGAGGAGGGCGUGGACGAGGGCGGUGUGCAGAAGGAGUUCUUCCAGCUCAUCAUGCGCGAUAUUGUUGACGCCAAGUUUGGCAUGUUCACGUACAACGAGGCAACUCGCUCCUUCUGGUUCAGUGCGUCGCCCAUCGACAUGCCACUCGAGUUUGAGCUCGUCGGCACCGUGCUGGGGUUGGCCAUCUACAACGCGCACAUCCUCGAUAUAAGCUUCCCCCUGGUCAUCUACAAGAAGCUCCUGGGGAAGAAGACCUGCCUGGACGAUCUAGCUGGGGUGGAUCCGGAGCUGCAUCGAGGGCUCAAGGGGCUGCUGGCAUUUCAGGGCAACGUUGAGGAGGUGUACUCGUGGUGCUUCGAGGCGUCCUACACGGACGUGUUCGGCUCGCACACCACGGUGCCACUCAAGGAAGGUGGCGAGAGCAUUCCUGUCACCAACAGCAACCGCGAGGAGUUUGUGGACCUGCUGGUGGACGUGAGUCCGGGUCUGUCCAAUCCUUCUCUGCUCUGCCCUCUUUCUUCCAUGCCCUCCCCCCCCGACCCUCCCUGCACACGCCACCGGCCACCGCAGUUCCAUCUGAACAAGCUGGUGGAGAGGCAGUUCAGCCGUUCUCCCACGGCUUUCUGCACCUCCAAAUCCUAUCUCCCUUCCUCCUCCCUUUUCUCCCCUCCCAAUGUCCCCGCUCCCCUGCACACGCCACUGCAGUUCCAUCUGAACAAGCUGGUGGAGCGCCAGUUCGGCCCCUUCUCCCAUGGCUUCCUGCGCCUCCAAAUCCUCUCUCCUUUCCUCCUCCCUCCCAGUGUCCCCGCUUUUCUGCACACGCCACCGCAGUUCCAUCUGAACAAGCUGGUGGAGCGCCAGUUCGGCCCCUUCUCCCAUGGCUUCCUGCGCCUCCAAAUCCUCUCUCCUUUCCUCCUCCCUCCCAAUGUCCCCGCUUUCCUGCACACGCCACCGCAGUUCCAUCUGAACAAGCUGGUGGAGCGCCAGUUCGGCCCCUUCUCCCAUGGCUUCCUGCGCCUCCAAAUCCUCUCUCCUUUCCUCCUCCCUCCCAAUGUCCCCGCUUUCCUGCACACGCCACCGCAGUUCCAUCUGAACAAGCUGGUGGAGCGCCAGUUCGGCCCCUUCUCCCAUGGCUUCCUGCGCCUCCAAAUCCUCUCUCCUUUCCUCCUCCCUCCCAAUGUCCCCGCUUUCCUGCACACGCCACCGCAGUUCCAUCUGAACAAGCUGGUGGAGCGCCAGUUCGGCCCCUUCUCCCAUGGCUUCCUGCGCCUCCAAAUCCUCUCUCCUUUCCUCCUCCCUCCCAAUGUCCCCGCUUUCCUGCACACGCCACCGCAGUUCCAUCUGAACAAGCUGGUGGAGCGCCAGUUCGGCCCCUUCUCCCAUGGCUUCCUGCGCCUCCAAAUCCUCUCUCCUUUCCUCCUCCCUCCCAAUGUCCCCGCUUUCCUGCACACGCCACCGCAGUUCCAUCUGAACAAGCUGGUGGAGCGGCAGUUUGGCCCCUUCUCCCAUGGCUUCCUGCGCCUCCAAAUCCUCUCUCCUUUCCUCCUCCCUCCCAAUGUCCCCGCUUUCCUGCACACGCCACCGCAGUUCCAUCUGAACAAGCUGGUGGAGCGCCAGUUCGGCCCCUUCUCCCAUGGCUUCCUGCGCCUCCAAAUCCUCUCUCCUUUCCUCCUCCCUCCCAAUGUCCCCGCUUUCCUGCACACGCCACCGCAGUUCCAUCUGAACAAGCUGGUGGAGCGCCAGUUCGGCCCCUUCUCCCAUGGCUUCCUGCGCCUCCAAAUCCUCUCUCCUUUCCUCCUCCCUCCCAAUGUCCCCGCUUUCCUGCACACGCCACCGCAGUUCCAUCUGAACAAGCUGGUGGAGCGCCAGUUCGGCCCCUUCUCCCAUGGCUUCCUGCGCCUCCAAAUCCUCUCUCCUUUCCUCCUCCCUCCCAAUGUCCCCGCUUUCCUGCACACGCCACCGCAGUUCCAUCUGAACAAGCUGGUGGAGCGCCAGUUCGGCCCCUUCUCCCAUGGCUUCCUGCGCCUCCAAAUCCUCUCUCCUUUCCUCCUCCCUCCCAAUGUCCCCGCUUUCCUGCACACGCCACCGCAGUUCCAUCUGAACAAGCUGGUGGAGCGGCAGUUUGGCCCCUUCUCCCAUGGCUUCCUGCGCCUCCAAAUCCUCUCUCCUUUCCUCCUCCCUCCCAAUGUCCCCGCUUUCCUGCACACGCCACCGCAGUUCCAUCUGAACAAGCUGGUGGAGCGCCAGUUCGGCCCCUUCUCCCAUGGCUUACUGCGCCUCCAAAUCCUCUCUCCUUUCCUCCUCCCUCCCAAUGUCCCCGCUUUCCUGCACACGCCACCGCAGUUCCAUCUGAACAAGCUGGUGGAGCGCCAGUUUGGCCCCUUCUCCCAUGGCUUCCUGCGCCUGUGCAGCGGGCGGGUGCUGAAAAUGUUCCAACCCGACGAGCUCGAGUUGCUCAUCUGUGGCAGCCCUGUGUUUGACUUUGACGAGCUGGAGAGGAAUGCGCGAUAUGAGGAUGGGUACACCAAGGAGUCUCCUGUCAUAAAAAACUUCUGGAAGGUGGUGCAUGGGCUAGGGGACGCAGAGAAGAGGAGUCUACUGGCGUUUGUGACGGGGUGUGACCGCGCGCCCAUCAAGGGCCUCGCCUCGCUGCCCUUCGUCAUCUCCCGAGCGGACCGGCUACCAACAGCACACACAUGCUUCAACCACCUGCUGCUGCCUGAAUACUCCAACCUCGAGAAGCUGCACACGCGGCUACUGACGGCUAUCAACAACGCUCAGGGGUUCGGACUCAUGUAG